CCGCGCAGAGCACAGACACGGGUGCGCACGAGGCGCGCGGUCGUUGGAUAGUACACGGCAGUCGCGCGCGCGAGUAUAACACUACAUCGUCGUGUCGUCUUCUUCAUUACACUCGUUACCAGCGGCGAGAGAUCGGUAGAGUGAAGCGUUGCCGAUUUUUGCCCGUGUGUUCAGUGCAGAGCCGCCGAUCGCCAUGCGGAUAAUAAAGCGGUGAGAGAUAUCGAGCGGAAGAGCCGGAUACACAACAAGACAGAAGAGAAGUGCUGCGUGGGAAGGUGCGUUUAGUGUGAGAUGUGCGCGCGGAAUCCGGGAGCGCGAGACGUGACCGUCGACCACGACAAUGCAGCCAGUUGGAGCGACCACUACCGAACGCCGGCUGCACAGCAGCAGCAGCCGGAAUCUUCUUCUUCUUCUUCUCCUCUGCGCGAUCUCGACUUUCGCGCCGACUGGAGCCUUCAACGGACCCGUAGAAAAGCAGAGAUAUGACGGCUGGUACAACAAUUUGGCACAUCCCGAGUGGGGCUCCGUAGAUAGCAGGCUGAUACGAAAGGUACCGGCCGCAUACACCGAUGGAGUUUACAUGAUGGCCGGCCAGGACAGGCCUUCGCCUCGGAAAUUGAGCGAUCUCUUUAUGCAAGGAGAAGACGGAUUGCCUUCCAUCGGCAAUAAAACGGCUCUCUUUGCUUUUUUCGGCCAACUGGUCACGUCGGAGAUAAUCAUGGCUUCGGAGAGCGGCUGCCCGAUAGAGUUCCACAAGAUCGACGUGGAGAAGUGCGAUCCGGUUUUCGACAAGGACUGCCAGGGCAACAAGUACAUUCCGUUCCUAAGGGCGGACUACGACCGGCAGACUGGACACAGUCCCAAUAGUCCACGUGAGCAGAUAAACAAAGUGACCAGCUGGAUCGACGCGAGCUUCAUAUACUCGAGCAGCGAGGCAUGGGCCAACACGAUGAGAUCCUUCAAGAACGGCAGCUUCCUCAUGGAGCCGACCAGGCAGUUUCCCGUGCGCAACACCAUGAGGGCGCCGCUAUUCAACAACGCGGUGCCCAACAUUAUGCGCUCGCUCAGUCCUGAGAGGCUGUAUCUAUUGGGCGACCCAAGGACGAACCAACAUCCUCCUCUGCUGGUCUUCGGGAUUCUGUUCUACCGCUGGCACAACGUCAUCGCCGAGCGAGUCCAGUACGAGCAUCCGGACAUGUCCGACGAGGAGAUAUUCCAGAGGACCAGGAGGAUCGUCGUGGGUACUUUGCAGAACAUCAUAAUGUACGAGUACCUGCCGUCGUUACUGGGCGAGAGGAUUCCGGCCUACAGCGGUUACAAGGCGGACUUGCACCCGGGUAUCAGUCACAUCUUCCAGAGCGCGGCCUUUCGUUUUGGACACACGAUGAUACCGCCCGGUAUCUACAGACGAGACGAGCAGUGCAACUACAGGAUGACCAAGGCUGGACAGCCCGCUAUAAGGCUCUGCACCACCUGGUGGGACUCGAACGAGAUCCUCGCAAACAGCACAGUGGACGAGCUCCUGAUGGGUAUGGCUUCGCAAGUGGCCGAGCGCGAGGACAACCUCCUCGGCACCGACAUCCGGAACAACCUGUUCGGCCCCAUGGAAUUCACUCGGCGCGACCUCGGCGCCCUGAACAUCAUGAGAGGUAGGGACAACGGACUGCCGGAUUACAACACCGCCAGAGCUUACUUCGGGCUGCCGACAAGGAAGACCUGGAACGAGAUCAACCCGGAGCUCUUCAAGAGGAAUCCCGAGCUUCUCAGGAGCUUGAUGGAGAUCUACUCGAACAACCUCGACAACAUCGACAUCUACCUGGGAGGAAUGCUCGAGUCGACCCAGGGACCUGGUGAACUCUUCACCGCAGUCAUCAAGGACCAAUUCCUUAGGCUCAGGGACGCGGAUAGGUUCUGGUUCGAGAACGAGCAGAGCGGGAUCUUCACCAAGAGCGAGAUCGAGGAUAUCAAGAAGGUGACGCUGUGGGACAUCAUCGCCAACACGACGAGCAUCGAUCCGGAUUCCAUCCAGAGGAACGUGUUCGUCUGGGCGAAAGGCGACCCGUGUCCUCAGCCUUAUCAGUUGAACUCCUCGAUGCUGGAGCCCUGUGUGCCGCUGCAACGCUACGAUUACUUUGAGGGUAGCGAGCUGGUCUACAUCUACGCGUGCGUCUUCCUGGGCUUCAUACCGAUCUUGUGCGCCGGAGCCGGUUAUGGUCUCGUCAAGCUCCAGAACCGCAAGCGUCGUCGGCUAAAGAUCCUCCAGGAGGCCAUCCAAAAGCGCAACAACAGCGAAGGCAAAAUCGUGGACAAGAUGAUCGUUCGCGAGUGGCUACAUGCCAAUCAUCGUCGACUCGUCAAGGUCAAGUUUGGGCCCGAACCAGCGCUCUACAUCAUCGACCGCAAGGGCGAGACGCUCCGGACGUUCAACUUUCAGGAUGUUAACAGCGUCAGCAUCGAGGAGAGUCAGGAGGCGGAUAACGGCCCGAAUAAAGGCCUGAUACUGCUGCGCAUCCCUCGGGACUACGACCUCGUCCUCGAGCUGGAUUCGGUGGCUUCGCGACGCAAGUUCAUCGCCAAGCUCGAAACCUUCCUCACCUCGCACAAGAAGCACUUCGCCCUGGCGCAGACCAACCGGGACCUCAUGCUGGCCAAGGCGGAGACGAAGGAACGACGACAAAGGAAGCUCGAGCAGUUCUUCCGCGAAGCUUACGCUCUGACCUUCGGCCUACGUCCUGGCGAGCGUCGACGUCGCUCGGAGGACAACGACAGUGGCGAGGUGGUGACGGUGAUGCGCACCUCACUGUCCAAAAGCGAAUUCGCGAGCGCACUGGGUAUGAAGGCCGACGCCGUGUUCGUGAAGAAGAUGUUCAAUAUCGUCGACAAGGACGGCGACGGGCGCAUAUCCUUCCAGGAGUUCCUGGACACGGUCCUGCUGUUCUCCCGCGGCAAAACCGAGGACAAGCUCAGGAUCAUCUUCGACAUGUGCGACAAGGACAGCAACGGGGUGAUCGACAAGGAGGAACUCUCGGAGAUGCUCAGGUCGCUCGUAGAGAUCGCCAGGACGACCAGUCUGUCCGACGAUCACGUUACCGAGCUCAUCGACGGGAUGUUCCAGGGCGCUGGAUUGGAGAGAAAAGACUAUUUAACGUACAACGACUUCAAGUUGAUGAUGAAGGAGUACAAGGGCGACUUUGUGGCGAUCGGCUUGGACUGCAAAGGGGCCAAGCAGAACUUCCUCGACAUGUCGACUAACGUCGCUCGUAUGACGAGUUUUCACAUCGAGCAACUUCCGCCGGAAGACAGCAAGAACUGGGCGCACAAACAGUGGGAUGCACUGUCGACUUUCCUCGAGGAGAAUCGCCAGAACAUAUACUACCUCUUCAUAUUUUAUGUGAUUACUAUUGUUCUCUUCGUCGAGAGGUUUAUUUAUUACUCCUUCAUGGCGGAGCACACGGACCUCAGGCACAUAAUGGGGGUGGGCAUAGCGAUAACCCGCGGCUCAGCGGCAGCCCUGUCCUUCAACUACAGCCUCCUGCUGCUGACUAUGUGCCGCAACACCCUGACGAAGCUCAAGGAGUUCUCGAUCCAGCAGUACAUCCCCUUGGACUCGCACAUCCAGUUCCACAAGAUCGUCGCCUGCACCGCCGGUUUCUUCUCGGUCCUGCACUCGGUCGGCCACAUCGUCAACUUCUACCACGUGUCGACCCAGCCACUGGCCCAUCUCCGAUGCCUCACCGCCGAGGUCACCUUUCCCAGCGACGCCAGGCCCACCAUCUCCUUCUGGCUCUUUAAGACCGUUACAGGACUGACUGGAAUACUUCUAUUCGUCGUGAUGACGAUAAUCUUCGUGUUCGCUCAUCCCACCAUUCGACAGAAAGCAUACAAAUUCUUCUGGAAGACUCAUAGUUUGUACAUUUUGCUGUAUGCGUUAUGUUUAAUUCACGGCCUGGCGAGGCUAACCGGAUCUCCCCGAUUCUGGCUGUUCUUCAUCGGUCCAGCAAUUCUCUUCGCCAUUGAUAAGGUGGUGAGCCUGCGCACGAAGUACAUGGCCCUGGACAUAAUCGAGACGGAGCUGUUGCCUUCGGACGUGAUAAAGAUCAAGUUCUACCGGCCGCCGAAUUUGAAAUACCUGUCAGGCCAAUGGGUGCGGCUAGCCUGCAGUGUCUUCCGUUCGAACGAAUUCCACUCGUUCACGCUGACCUCGGCGCCGCACGAGAACUUCCUCUCCUGUCACAUCAAGGCCCAGGGGCCCUGGACCUGGAAGCUGAGGAACUACUUCGAUCCCUGCAAUUACAAUCCGGCCGAGCACCCGAAGAUUAGGAUCGAGGGGCCAUUCGGCGGUGGGAACCAGGACUGGUACAAGUUCGAGGUAGCCGUGAUGGUGGGCGGCGGUAUCGGCGUCACACCCUACGCGUCUAUGCUGAACGACCUCGUGUUUGGCACCUCGACCAAUCGUUAUUCCGGGGUUGCCUGCAAGAAGGUAUACUUCCUCUGGAUCUGUCCGUCCCACAAGCACUUCGAGUGGUUUAUCGACGUGCUGAGAGACGUGGAGAGAAAGGACGUGACGAACGUGCUCGAGAUCCACAUCUUCAUAACGCAAUUUUUCCAUAAAUUCGAUUUAAGGACCACGAUGCUCUACAUCUGCGAGAAUCACUUCCACAGAGUGUCGAAAACGAGUAUUUUCACGGGACUGAAGGCGAUCAAUCACUUCGGAAGACCGGACAUGACUUCGUUCUUGAAGUUCGUUCAGAAGAAGCACAGCUACGUGAGCAAAAUCGGAGUGUUUAGCUGCGGGCCACGUCCGCUGACGAAGAGCGUGAUGUCCGCCUGCGACGACGUGAACAAGGGCCGUCGGCUGCCAUACUUCAUUCACCACUUUGAGAACUUUGGCUGAACAUGUGUUAUAAUGUGCUAUAUACAUAAUAUAGUAUACCUCGGCGACAGCAGCGAGUGUGCCUUGACGAGUCACGGAAGAUCCUAUUGUCGAAUCAUCAUUAUUAUUACUAUUAUUAUUAUUAUUAUUAUUAUUAUUCUUUUUUGUAUAAUGUAUUUUUUAAACGCAUAAUGAAUUAUUUUUCAAGCUGUCUGAAAAAUCCUUGUAAAUAUUGUUUUGCCUGACGAGCGAGGAUCUGUAGUAAUGAUAUUAUUAUUAUUAUUAUUAUUAUUAUUAUUAUUAUUAUUAUAUGCGCGUGUGAAUGUAUAUACGUCCGGCGUGAUGUUCUAUCUUUCUUCUUAUAUUAUUAUUUAUAUUACAUACUUGUAUGGUAUAUGCACUGCACGCAGCGGCGUGUGUGAUGUACUUUUAAUUCCUUUGCUACGUAUAUGCUCGUUUAGCUGAUGUGUAUACUUUCAUCUUGGCAUAAUGCGAUAAUGAGUCAGAUGUAUAUGUGUGUGAGCGUAACGGCGCAGUGCUGCGAUGUGUUCGAUCGCGAAAAAUGCAACGAGUCUUGUCUUUUCAUUUUCCUUCGUGUAUACAACUCUAUGCACUUGAGUGCGCGAGUAUGCGGGGAACGACUUUUUCGAGUCAUUAUUGUGAAUUGUGACGCUGAAGUAACGGCAAUAAAUCAAAGUAUUCGCAUAUGAAAUAA